CUCCCCGGCGACGGAGCCCAACUAGCGGACCGUGUGGAUCAGGAUAAUGGCUCACUAUUCAUCCAAAUGGUCGGUGGGCCCCUCGAUGAGCCUGGCCCAUGAGCUGAGAGGAGAGGAGAAUGAGCAGAGCAUCUCUGCAGGUUCGACUCGCUAGUCCAGACAGAUGCCCGUCCGUCCUAUCUCCUGCCUGCGUUUCUUUCUAUCUAUAUAUCUGCCCCGUCCCCUCCCGGUCGGAAAUCGUCAGUUUGCUUCCUCGACCGAUUCACUACGCAAGAUACCCCUACUAUACCACAUAAGCCUACACUCUCUCACAUCUCUAAUCUUAUCCUUCUGUACAUACUCUCUCAUUCAUUCCCUACAUAUAUACCAUGAAAACAAAUACCAUCCCCGCCGACGUGUGGGAGAAGAAGAGAGCGUUAAUCGCUCGCCUCUACAAGGACGAGGAAUGGCCGCUCAAGCAGGUCAUCAAACAGAUUCGCUCCGCAGAUUUCAACCCGAGUGAGACGCAAUUGCGCAGUCGCUUAAAAAAAUGGCGCGUCACCAAACCCUCCCGCCAAACCCGCAAGAAGCCCGCCACUGAAGCCGUCCCCGCCGGCGACGAGUCGGAUGCAGCGGCCUCGCCGCCGCGAGACUCGCCCCCCGUCUCCCCCCUGACCAAGGCGAUCUCCGCCUGCCCCAAGACAGCCGGUCUGUCGACAGGGACAAUAAUACCCGCAGCGGAGGUCGACUGGCUCGAGCAGGAGCCCGCCGCGCCGUCUUCGCAUCAUCAUUCAGAGACUCUGCCCGAAUUCACCACCGCCGGCGGCUGGGGUCCGGCCAUGAUGUCGCUCAGCCCCCCGGACGAAAGCAAUACGCGCCAUUCGCAUUCGCUCACCACCAGUCCGCCCAUCCUGCCGCAGAUGCCCGUCAGCUCCGCAUACUUACCGGCCCAUUCUUCCGAGCCCGCCCUGGUCUCCCCAGAGGCCGUCAUGGCCUACACUGGCCACCAUGGGUACCCUCUCUCCCCCCCACAGUCCCUGUCAACCGCCAGCACCUCGUCGCUGCCGACGGCUGCAGGCGUGGCCGCGCCCUGGCCGGCGCGCCACGACUCGCUCGAUCUGGGUGUCAGUCAUGCUGGUUCGUUGCAGGCACCAGCCCCGAACUGGUAUCAUAUCGGGAGCUUCGACGCGGCAGCAGCUCCCGCCGUGGCCCCUUCCCCGGCCCCGUCCAUGGCCUACUUUAAUCCACCCAUCCCCGCUGCAGCGUACCAGAUGCCCGGCCAGGAUCCUGUCGCCGGCGGUCCACCAAUGUACUCGUCGCAGCCGACAUCUUACGCCGCGCUUCUCCAGCAGGACAUGGCCGAGAUGCUCGGGCAGGUCAAGCCGUGGAAGCGCGCCAUGGACGUGCAUCACGACCCGGCUGCCGCAGGCUCGUAUGCUCGUGUCGACCGCCACAGCAGACAGCGUAAACCGGCUCCGGGAGACAAGAGACUCUCCAAGGCCGAAUAUCCUGGUCAGAUGGUCAUGGGGCAACAAUACGGGAACGCGCCGCAGCUGAUGUGUCCGGUUUAUCCUCCUUAUCAAUAAGAUGCUCCAUCUUACCAUAUCUCACUCUACGAGAUUUACUAUCUAUACCCGAGAUUUUUCUGUUUCUGACUUGACGCAUUUGACUGGAUUAGGGGCGCACGGGUGUAUUUCUAUUCUAGGAUUGACGGCCGCUCAUGCGAACGAUCAUAAUAUGUCUUGUAAUUAGAUAAUGAUACCCAAUGUAUUCAUACUACUACUUUUGAACCUGUUCGUGAUACUAGCUACAUAUGAUUACGAUAGCCGAUAACCUCGGUUCGGGUGGACC